UGAUCUAUUAUCUAUGUCGGCUUUCGAUUGUCAAACGUUUGUCAAAUGUUAGCUCGUGUUUGUCUUAAAAAUAAAGUUUUUGGGCUAAAAAAUUAGUGUAUUGAUUAUUUAAGAGAUCUUGCUUAAUUAACAACAAAAUGACAUUAACGGAUGGAAAAUCGGAGGAUGAAACGCCACAUUUUGUACCGCCUUUAAUUCAGGAUAAUCCUAACGGCUGGGGCCCAUGUGAAUUACCGGAGCAAUUUAAAGAUAUGCCGUAUCAGCCCUUCAGUAAGGGAGAUCGUUUAGGAAAAAUUAGCGAUUGGACUGGUGCUGCAUUUCAAGAUAAAAAAUAUGCCAAUAAAUACGCGUCCCAAUUCGGUUCUGGAAGUCAGUAUGCAUAUUAUCAUGACGAAGACGAAAGUACUUUCCAUUUGGUUGACACAACUCGUGUUCAGAAACCUCCAUAUCAGAGAGGCCGUUUCAAGACCAAUCAAAGAAAUAUGCGUGGAAGAGGUAUACGGGGAGUUCAAGCUGGCAUGCAGGCAUUGGGGAAGGGAUUAAAGGCACGUGAAAAGGACAGGAAGAACCAGAUGAAAAAAUGGGGUCAAGGAAGGCCCCAAAUUAAAAUUCGUGAUGCAUCUGUAACAGUAAAGCCUGAUUGGGUUACAAUUGAAGAAAUGGACUUUCCACGGUUGGGAAAAUUGUCACUUCCCAGUAUAAAAGAAGGUGAUGAUAUAAUGUGUUGUGGUGAACUAGAAUACUAUGACAAGUCUUAUGACCGUGUCAAUGUUAAAAAUGAGAAACCUCUUCAACGUGUUGAUCGUAUUUUCCAUACUGUAACUACCACUGAUGACCCUAUCAUUCGUGUCUUGAGUAAAAAUGAAGGAAAUGUUUAUGCCACAGAUGCCAUUUUGGCUACUAUUAUGUGCAGCACUCGCUCAAAUUACUCUUGGGACAUAGUCAUUGAAAAAAUUGGUGAUAAAUUAUUUUUUGAUAAGAGAGACAAUACAGAAUUUGAUCUUUUGACGGUCAACGAAACCUCUUUAGAGCCCCCUCAGGAUGAUGGAAAUUCGCUGAACUCGCCUAGAAAUUUGGCUCUAGAGGCGACUUUCAUCAAUCACAAUUUCAGCCAGCAGGUUCUCAGGACUGGAUCAGGUGAACCCAAGCACAAAUUUGAUCAUCCAAAUCCUUUUGUAUCUGAAGAGGAGGAGGGUGAAGUUGCUAGUGUUGGAUACCGCUACAAGAAGUGGGACCUUGGUGGAGGAAUUGUAUUGAUAGCUAGAUGCGAGCAUGAUGCUGUUGUUCAAUCCCCUAACGGUGAGCUGCAGUUCCUCACCAUCAAGGCCUUGAACGAGUGGGAUUCGAAGGUCGCAAAUGGGGUCGAAUGGCGUCAGAAGCUAGACACCCAACGUGGUGCUGUUCUAGCCAACGAACUACGCAAUAAUGCGUGUAAAUUGGCCAAAUGGACUGUGCAAGCCCUUUUGGCUGGCAGCGAUCAGAUUAAAUUCGGCUACGUCUCACGCGUGAACGUGCGUGAUAACACACGUCAUGUAAUUUUGGGAACGCAACAAUUCAAGCCGCAUGAAUUCGCCGCCCAAAUCAAUUUAAAUAUGGACAACGCUUGGGGUAUUCUAAGAUGCAUCAUCGACAUUGUUAUGAAGCAAAAGGAUGGAAAGUAUUUGAUCAUGAAGGAUCCGAAUAAACCGAUGAUUAGACUUUACGAUAUCCCAGAUAAUACUUUCGAAUCGGACGGGGAGAGUGAGUCGGAUGAAGACGUCCAGACGGAUUCCAAUGCGUUCCAGACCCUUUAUCCGUACACAAACACGACAAAGAGAACUUAAUUUGUCUUCAUCUGGAUAGGAAAAGGUCGGUAUUAAAACUAUUUUAUGAUUUAUUAUAUCAUAACUUGUUAACAUCGGUCGUAUCAAGGAUAAUUAAAAUAUUUCGUAGGAG